AUGUUGCAGAAGUGUUUUGGGGAGUCUACUCUAUCGAAAACGCAAGUAUUUGAGUGGCAUAAAGCAUUCAGUGAGGGUCGUGAGGUUGUAGAAAACUUGUCUCAUGCGAGUCGUCCAUCCACCUCUGUUAACGACGAUAACAUGGAAAAAGUGAAGGAAAUUGUGCUUGAAAAUCGUCGUGUUGGCAUUAGAGAGAUAGCAGAAGCUCUCAACAUCUCUUAUGGAUCGACUCAACAUAUUUUGGUUAAUGUUUUGGAUAUGAAGCGCAUCGCCGCCAGACUCGUACCGAAAGACCUGAAUUUUUUGCAAAAAGCACGUCGAGUAGAGGUCGCAGAAGAGAUGCUUGCCAAUCGAGUGGCGCGCCAAAAAUGA